AUGGCUGAUAAAAAACUCAAAGGACUUAUUGCUCAGCGCGACAGUGCAGUUGAUCGCCUAGCGCAAAUUAAAAUAGUGGCCGAUAAAGCUGUUCUUGAUGCCCGCUAUCACAUACAAUUAAAAAUUCGUGUCCAGACCCUUGAAGCCAUUGUGGCUGAUUUUAAUACUCAUCAUGCUAACGUGUUAAAUAUUGUUGCCCAGGGUGACGAAGACGAUUUGGCAAUUCAACAAGAAAUACGUCAACGUUUUGAUGAUAAUUUUUAUGCAAUUCAGGCAAUAUGUGCUGAAAUAAAUGAAAAUGCUGAUCAAAUUACUCACAGACCAACGCCGAGUCACGUUAAACUACCCAAGCUGGAACUUAAAAAAUUUAAUGGCACUAUCAGGAAUUGGACCACGUUUAUUGAUUUAUAUGAUUCAAUUAUUCAUAAUAAUUCUAGUCUUUCCAAUGUGGAAAAGUUUACAUAUCUUCUAAACUCUUUAGAAGGUCCACCCCUUGGCAUUGUGCAAUGUAAUCCAUUAACGGAUGCAAAUUAUAUCAUAGCUUAUGAUACUCUAAAACGGCGCUAUGAGAACAAUCGCUUAAUCGCUGUCAGUCAUUGGCGCGAAAUUGAAAAAACCAAAAAAUUAACGAGUGAUCGUGAUGCAAAAUCUCUUCAAAUGUUGAUUGACACUUUUACUGAGAACCUCACAGCUAUUAAAAAUCUGGGCCAUCCCGUGUCCCAGUGGGACUUUAUUUUAUUUUAUAAGCUUUUCGAUCGAAUUGAUUCGAGCACGGCUACUAGAUUUGAACUUGAAUGUGGUAAGUUACUUGAUGACAUAGAGAAUAAACAUAACCAUUUUAAGAUUUUGUUGGAUUUUGUACGAAAACAAUGCGUUGCCUUAGAUACUGUUUCAAAUUCGCUUGUUAACGUUAAUGCUGUUAAGGAGGUAAAACAAAAUUCCCCACCAAAAAGAAGUUUUGUUGUUAACACGGUUGCCUGUUCCUUUUGUCACAAGAAUGGCCACAAUAUUUAUAAAUGUUCAGAUUUUCUAAAUAAGAACUCUCACGACCGAUAUAAAAUUGUAAAAACCAAUAAAUGGUGUACCAAUUGUCUGGGUUUAAAGCAUAACUCCUUUAACUGUUCCUCUAGGCGCCGGUGUGAAAAGUGCUCAAGGCCUCACCAUACUCUUUUGCAUCAUGACUACCCUGAAAGUACUCAACCCCAUUUAAAUGAAACCCAAGAAUUGCCUCCAACCUCAGAAGAGCCAUCACACCCUGUGGCCUUGGCGAAUACUAAACAGUACAAUGAAGGUCGUAAGGAAGGAGCUGUAUUAUUGGCUACAGCGCAAGUGAUAGUUGUUGAUUCUCGAGGUAAUUUCAUAAAAGCACGCGUAUUAUUAGAUAGCGCCAGUCAGGUUAAUUUUAUAACCAAUAAAUUAUGUAAACGUUUAGGUCUCAUUAAACGUCCCCUCUCACUUUUUGUUAAAGGUUUAGGUGAUACCGUCUCGAAUAUUUCUCAUGAGGUCACUUGCACCUUUUCUCCUAAACGGGCAAUGAACACAAAGUUCUCUCUGGAAUUUGCAGUUAUACCACAGAUUUGUGGAAAUCUCCCCUCUUCUGAUUUACCUUCAGAUUGUUUUUCUCAAUUCUCUCAUCUUGAACUUGCUGAUGACGCCUUCAAUAUUUCGGGCCCUAUUGACAUGUUAGUCGGAGGUGACGUUUUUGGUUUUCUUGUCAAACAAGGACAAAUAUCUCAGUCAAUAGGAAAGCCUAUCGCGCUAAACACUCAACUUGGGUGGGUAAUAAUGGGUCGUGUUCCUGUAACUGAUUCAGUCUCUUAUUCAACCCCAAAUAGCUUUUGUGCCUCUUUAAGCUUCUCUCUUAAUGAUAUGGUAAAAAGGUUCUGGCAACUCGAACAGAUACCUAAUUGCACUGCUCACUCGCCAGACGAAAUGAUCGCGGAGAAGUUCUUCCAAGAUACUCAUACUCGAGAUGCUUCUGGGAGAUAUAUUCUUCAACUACCCUUUCAAAACUCUGAUCUACCCUUUUUUGAAAAUACACGAGAGAUUGCACUUCGUCGAUUUUAUUCUCUUGAAAGGCGACUACAAUCUAAUCCUCAACUCUAUGAUGACUAUUGUGCUUUUAUGCGUGAUUAUCUUGACACGGGACACAUGGAAGUUAUCCCUGCAUCAGAUAUUUCUCCAAAUGUUUAUUAUAUUCCCCAUCACUGUAUUCUUCGUCCUAACAGCGCAACGACGAAGCUUCGUGUUGUUUUUGAUGCGUCCGCGAAGGCCGCCAAUAAUAUUUCUCUAAAUGACACUCUUCUCGUUGGCCCUAAGCUUCAACAGGAUAUUUUUCAGCUACUAUUAAGGUUUCGUACUCACCAAGUGGCAUUUACUGCUGAUAUCAAACAAAUGUUUAGGCAAAUUGGCAUAAAUGAAUCUCACCGCUGCUAUCAAAGAAUUUUGUGGAGGUUUUCGAAAUCUGAGCCUAUCAGUGAUUAUCAGUUAAACACCGUCACAUAUGGGGUAGCUUCAUCGCCCUAUCAGGCUAUUAGGACUCUCAGACAAUUGUCUAAAGACUAUAAGUCGGAGUAUCCACAGGCAUCGAAUGUACUAGAGCAGGAUACCUUUGUCGACGACGUUGUCAGUGGUACCGAUUCUGUUGAGUCUUCCCUUCUGCUUCAGCAGGAAUUGAUAAAUCUACUUUCGUGUGGUGGUUUCGAGUUGAGGAAAUGGGCGAGUAAUAACCCGCUGCUGCUCUCACAUAUGGAUAGGUCGCUAACCCAAUUAGAUCCUCUCUCAUUUGAUAAAGACAGCGACUCCACUAUAAAAAUUUUAGGAUUACAGUGGAACCCACUCAAUGACUCUUUUGUAUUUAAAAUAGAAACUAAUAUAAACACAUGCACCAAAAGACAUGUUUUGUCUGAUUUAGCUCGAAUCUUUGACCCUCUCGGAUUUUUAUCCCCAGUUACCCUCUCUUUAAAGUUGGUUAUACAACAUUUGUGGUCAUCUGGCUUGGAUUGGGAUCAAUUAGCCCCAAAUUCUAUUCGAGACUAUUGGUCCUCUUUCAAAGAAGGUUUGUCAACCCUAUCAGAUCUUCAGUUACCGCGCAAAAUUAUCCCUCCUCAAAUGAAAUUGUGCGAAAUGCACGGCUUUUGCGAUAGCUCGGAAAAGGCAUAUGCUGCUGUUGUAUAUUUUCGAAUUGUUACUGAAGACAAUAAUGUCACAACUAAUCUCAUAUGCGCUAAAACUAGAGUAGCACCUCUGAAGAAAAUUUCUAUUCCUAGGCUAGAACUGUGUUCAGCUGUGUUAUUGGCAGAUCUUAUGUCAUCAGUCAGGAAAUCCUUUGCUGGUUCUGUACCUAUCUCCUCAAUUUUUGCUUGGAGUGAUUCUACAGUCGCUCUAACCUGGAUAAGGUCUUCUCCUCACAAAUGGACUACAUUCGUCAGUAAUCGAGUGUCGUAUAUUCAGGAAAAAGUAUCGGCAGAUUCUUGGUCUCAUGUCAAGUCUGAGAACAAUUCCGCGGACUGUGCCACUCGAGGUCUUCUUCCCCAUGAUUUACUCCAUUUAGAAAAAUGGUGGGCGGGACCAUCUUUCCUUAAAUCUCAUUGUGAUGCAUGGAUAAAUGAAAGAUCUACAGUGAGUGAUGACAAUUUGGAUCUUGAAAAAAGGAAAAUUGCAUUAUUAGUUUCUUCAGUCCCACGUCUUAGCCUAUGGGAUAAUCUACUUACCAAAUUUUCUUCUCUUUCGAAAAUUCUUCGAACUUGUGCUUAUGUUUUACGUUUUGUUUCGUACGUAGAAGACCCCAAAGGCUUUGAUAAAAGGAGUCAUGUUACCUUGAAAGAACUGGAUAGAGCUCUUUUGAUUCUAGUAAAAGAAUCCCAAAAAAUGUCGUUUGCUAAAGAAUUGGCAGAACUUUCUAAAACCACUCCUAACAUUAGAUCACUCCCUAAAUAUAUACGGAAGCUAACUCCUUUUUUGGAUCAGGAUGGUAUCCUCAGGGUGGGCGGACGGCUUAAAAAUACACCCCUUUCUUAUGAUCAUAAGCACCCCUGUUUGUUGCCUAGUGACCAUCGACUAACUAAUCUUAUAAUAGAAUACACUCAUAUUAAAUAUUUGCAUCCUGGAUUGCAGACUACUCAAUUUUUACUUAGCCAGCGUUUUUGGAUACCCUCUUCGAAAAGAGUUAUAAAAAAGGUUUUGUCUUCCUGCUUGCGAUGCUUCAAAUGUAAUCCCUCUUCUUGCACACCUCUUAUGGGUGAUUUACCUAAAUUUAGAGUAAAUAAAAUUAAAUGUUUUACCAAGUCCGGUGUUGAUUUUGGAGGCCCAUAUCUCGUAACUAUGGGCAAACAUCGUGGUAGUAAAUCAAUCAAGGCUUACAUUUGUCUGUUUGUUUGCUUAGCCACCAAAGCUCUUCACCUCGAGCUCGUCACUGAGCUUUCUAGUGAUGCCUUUCUCGCUGCUCUAAGACGAUUUAUUUCCCGGCGAGGUAUUGUCACUGACAUAUACAGCGAUUGUGGUACGAAUUUUGUAGGAGCCUCUAAACAGCUGAUGCAAAAAAUGCGCGGUGCAUCUGUAGAUGAAGGUAUCGCAUGGCAUUUCAACCCUCCGUCGGCUCCAAAUUUCGGUGGUAUUUGGGAGGCGGGAAUAAAGGCGGUAAAAGGUCACUUAACUCGUGUAGUUGGUUCUCACAUAUUGACUUACGAGGAAUUUAACACUGUCCUAAUUUCAGUAGAGGCAAUUCUAAAUUCUCGCCCGUUAUGCGCCAUGAGUUGUGACCCUAACGAUAUAAAGGCCUUAACACCUAGCCAUUUUUUGAAUUUAGAACCAUUAAAUUCUUACAUAGAACCUGAUUUAACAGAUCUUAAAAUGAAUCGUCUAUCACGUUGGCAACUUAUCCAACGCAUACAUCAGGAUUUUUGGAAGAGAUGGCAUGCAGAGUAUUUGCACACUCUUAAUCAAAGAUCAAAAUGGUAUGAUAUGACAGUUGCCAUUAAAACCGAUUCUCUUGUUUUAAUACGAGAGGAAAACUCUCCACCACUCCAUUGGGCAUUGGGACGAGUGAUAGAGUGUUUUCCGGGCGCGGACGGCGUCACGCGGGUAGUUAACGUAAAAACGCAAAAGGGCAUCCUGCGGCGUCCUGUGUCGAAGUUAUGUUUAUUACCGAACAAUUAA